AUGACUCUCCCACCUCGUCCUAACGCCGUCCACACUGUCGACGCCUCGACGUCUUCAGAGGAAUUACGCAAACUCAUAGCGAGCGACGGCGCCGUCAUCGUGCGGCAAUUUAUCCCCGACUCCGUCGUUACUGCUCUCAAUGAAGAAGUCGAUCCCUACCUCAGUGCCACCAUCACCGGCCCUCCAGCGAACACUGGGGAACUGUACAUGAAGACCGUCGGCUCGCGCACGAAGCACAUGGGAAACCUGGCCGCAAUCUCACCUACAUACCGCACUACUAUCCUGAACCACCCCUUGAUGCAUGCCGUCUCUGACUCCUUCUUCACCGCACCAUUCGGCGACUAUUGGGUGAACCGUGCCGCUGUUCUCCAAGUCGAACCAGGAGAGAAAGCCCAGGGUCUCCAUCGCGAUGACAGUCUAUACGGGAUUACGCGGUAUCUCGGUCCAGGUGCGCCAGAGCUCAUGGUUAACUUCUUCAUCGCUCUUACCGAAUUCCGGGAGGACAACGGUGCGACCAGGUUGAUUCCCGGAAGUCAUCGGUGGAGCGGGAAGGAUAUUGCAAGUGCAGUGCCGGAGAAUACCGUUGGUGCUUUUAUGCAGCCGGGUGAUGCCGUGCUGUAUUUAGGAAGCGUAUGGCACGGCGCAGGAGAGAAUCGGUCAACUGAGAACCGGCGCGGGUUGAGUGUGACUAUGCAUCCAGCGCACUUCACACCCAUGGAGGCCCAUGUCGACUUGCCCAGAGAUGUCCUGGAAGGAAUGACGCCCCUCGCGCAGAAGAUGGUUGGGUGGCGGAGUUGGUGUGGGUAUCAUGGAGUGCCGGUGUGGACGGUGAGGGAUCGCAGGAUGGAGGAUGAGCUGGCCUUGAAGUCGACAUGA